AUGCCUUCGUUACUUGCCUCAUCGUUGGUCUGGCUCCUCGCAGCCACCUCUACAUUAGCAAGCACAGUAGUCGACGCAUCUUUUAAAAUCGAUGUGCACUCUCACGUCGUUCCUGACUUCUACCGCCAAGCCCUCAUUGAUGCAGGAUAUCCCGUGAAAACGCUGGGUGGAGUGGCGACAUUAUUCACAGAUGGCUUCCCAGUCUCGGUAUGGAAUUUAACGGACCAUAUCGCAGCAAUGGAUACAAUGGGCGUGAACUACUCCACAAUAUCCGUCAGCGCGCCGGGCGUCAACUUCCUCGCUGGCAAAGGUCUCGCAGCUGCUGCUCUCGCGACGAGACUCAAUUUGGCCAUGUAUAGCUACACACAGGCAUACCCCACCAGGCUAGGCGCGAUGUGUAUCCUGCCACUCCCAGAUAUCCAAGCAUCGCUGGCGGAAAUAGCAUUCUGCCUCGACGUUCUCAGAUUCGACGGAGUCGGCCUGUACACCAACGCAAACGGCACGUAUCUCGGCGACGGUGCCCUGGACCCCAUCUUCGAUCUCCUCAACGCGCGCUCCGCAACCGUCUUCGUGCACCCCGUAGCACCCGGGUGUAGCGGCGCCGCUCUGGGUCAUCCAGAUCCCAUGACCGAGUAUCCGUUCGAGUCAGUCCGCGCCAUGGAGAACAUGCUCUUGACGGGCCAGCGCGCGAAUUAUUCAUCUAUCAACAUGAUCUUCCCCCACGGCGGCGGAGCCAUGCCGUACCUGGCGACGCGGAUCGCGGGGAUGGCGAGCUUGAGCUUUUUGGGAAGUUUGAAUGUCGCGACGACGCUAGCGCAGUUUAAGGGCUAUUUUUUUGAUACUGCGAGCUCGACGACGUUGAUACAGUUGAUGGCUAUGAAGGAGUUCUUUGGGGGAACUAGUAAGAUUCUUACGGGUACCGACUAUCCAUAUGUACCACUGGCUCAAGCGAAACCCGGACUCGCAGCCAUACAGGCCAAUGGCAACUUCACCUCAGCAGAGAUGGCGCAGAUCAAUAAUCAAAAUGCGCUGAGUAUCUUCCCGGGCGUGGCGAGGAAGUUGGGCUUUGCGAUAUGA